GUGUCUCAUGUUCCAUCUACAUACAUGCUGACUAGACUGAACAGGAUUCUUGGGAGACAGGAUGGCGAGCACAGGGAGACCAAAGGGAGGCAGAAGGAAGAUGGCCUUCAGUCUCCAUGUCACACAUCAAGAAAUAAAUGGUUCUGGGGAAAGCGCAGGACUACUAGGAAGGCAUCAUCCACACCCUUCUUCCUCACUGAGCAGGAGCAACAGCUGAACCAGGUGGAUAAACUGACCCUUCAGAUACAGAUGAUGACCAAUGAGAGGAUUGAACUGCUUGAAUUCCUGGCCCUUUAUAACAACAAUGAGUUGAACAACAGCACCCUCUACAGUCAGCUCCUGAGUGAAUGGACUCAGCUAAAGGAAAAAGUGAGCAUGCUGAAAAAGAAGAACAGAAAGCUGCAGGGGGAGCAGAUUUUACUACAAGAGUCCUGCGAGGAGGCGAGGAGGCUCUGUGAGGAGGCCCAUGAGAAGAUCUAUGACCUCUGGACAAGGCAGCAGCAGGAACAUCAAAGACUUGAGGAAAAUCUUCAGUCCCUGAGGAAGCAGAAGGAGCUGCUCACCCAGCAAAGGGACUUGGCAGUAAAGCUGCAGCAUCAUUUCACUGUGUCCCAGAUGAGGUUUGAAAACCUCCAGCAGGAACUGGAGCAGACCACAGCCCAGGAUGAGAGCCUCCUGCAGAUGGAGCUGCUGAAGCAGAAACACUAUGUCCCUGACAGCACCUCUUAAGAAGACUGAGAAGGCUGGAUGAAGCCAGGAACACCUUGAAGGCAUGACAUUCUACACUCCAGGUUCAAGGCCUCCUCAGAAAAUGCCACCUCUUUUCAGCUUUGAACCCAAUAGUGAGGCAAAUAUCAACCUACCAUCAGGCGAUCCAGCCUCAAUCUGAUCCAUAUCAGUGGGCUCACUAUCACUGGAGAAAAUUUUGUGUCAGAAAUAAGUCUAAAAUACAGAGAACACAAGACAAAUUAUUAAGCACCCUGACUCCAUAUGUGAUGGGAAAUCUGACAAGGAAGACUGUGUUUAUGUCACACUGCCAUCUAGACAGAACACACCAAAAGCACAAGAGUCUCUCUACUGCAGUGCCGAAGCUGACACCAUGUCAUGGGCAAGUGUAGCUGAAGAUAAUUGUCUACAGAGAAUAAGCCAGUUCCUCACCUCUUUUGCUCUUCCAUAAUGAAAUUCCAAAGGAAACUGUAAUUUCCUUAAUAUUUUUGUUUUAUAUCUUGGGAUAUUUAUGCUUUGGUUUUUGGUUUUCUUCAUUUUCAUUUAAGGUUUUGUUAACUUUUGUUAUUACUUUUAUUCUUGUCAUUGUUUUAAUAGUUUGCUAAGGCUAUACACUGUAUAUAAUGACACU